UGAAUCCACGUGGCACACAAUCAUUGGUGUCUGCGACGUGUAAUGGUGAGAAUCCGGAGUACUAACCAGGCGUAUCAGCAUCCGCCCGUCCGAUUCCGAAUCGGAUCCCGAAGGUUGAAACAACAAGCCUUCAACGGCGGCAUCCGGUCGCCGGGUGGGCGGGUCUUCCGAAUCGUUUGGGGACUUGGAUUUGGGGCUUCCUUCUUCUCUUCGCUUCGGAAACGGGAAGGAAAAGAUGGCGGCGAAGUUCUCCGGCUCUGGGGGACUGGUCGUCGUGCCUCUUCUCCUCCUCUACUUGUGUUGUUCCUCCCAACCCCCCCUCGUCUCUGGCCAAGAAAGCCAAAAAGAUGAUGCUAUGAGUUUAUUGAAAAGAGCUUCUGACAUGAUAAAGGUGAAGCAGUAUAAUGAUGCACUUGGACUUCUCAAUGGCGCAAUAGAAGCAAAUCCAUAUCUUUCAGAAGCUUAUUCACAGCAUGCAUCUGUUCUUCGUCACUUAUGCAGAUUUGAGGAAUCUGAGAAAAACUAUAAAAAAUUUCUAGAGCUAAAACCUGGGAUGUCUUCAGUGGAGAAGGAGCUCUCUCAGUUAUUGCAGGCCCAAAGCGCAUUGGACUCCGCAUACAAUCAUUUUGAGUCUGGUGAUUUUUCAAAAGCUUUGGAUUAUAUUGACAAAAUUGUCCUUGUCUUUUCUCCAGGAUGCUUACGGGCAAAAAUUCUCAAGGUGAAAUUGUUGUUAGCACUGAAAGACUACUCAAGUGCUAUUUCAGAGACUGGAUACAUACUUAAACAAGAUGAAGAUAAUUUGGAGGCACUACUGCUUCGUGGCCGUUGUUAUUAUUAUCUCUCAGACCAUGAUGUUGCUACAAGGCACUUUCAGAAGGGACUCCGUCUAGAUCCAGAACAUAGUGAACUGAAGAAAGCAUAUUUUGGAUUAAAAAAUCUCCUAAAGAAGACUAAGAGUGCAGAAGACAAUGUUGCGAAGGGUAAGCUACGAUUGGCUGUUGAGGACUUCAAGGCUGCCCUUGCAAUGGACCCCGGUCAUAGUGCUUAUAAUGUACAUCUUCAUCUUGGUUUAUGUAAGGUCUUGGUUAAACUUGGUAGAGGAAAGGAUGCUAUCAAAAGUUGCACAGAUGCACUGGAGAUUGAUGGAGAGCUUGUUGAAGCAUUGUCUCAGAGAGGCGAGGCUAAACUUAUAACAGAAGAUUGGGAGGGAGCUGUAGAAGAUUUAAAAAUAGCUGCUCAAAAAUCUCCACAGGAUAUGAAUAUUCGAGAAGCACUUUUGAGGGCUGAAAAAUCACUGAAGUUAAGUAAACGCAAGGACUGGUACAAAAUCCUGGGGAUUUCAAGAACUGCUUCUAUUGCAGAGAUUAGACGGGCCUACAAGAAACUUGCUUUACAGUGGCAUCCAGAUAAGAAUGUUGAUAACAGAGAGGAAGCAGAGGCCCAAUUUCGAGAAAUUGCUGCUGCCUAUGAGGUACUUGGUGAUGAAGAAAAACGUACAAGAUAUGACCGAGGUGAGGAUGUAGAGGACAUGGGUAUGGGAAUGGGAGGUGGAGGUUUUAACCCUUUUGCUGGUGGAGGACAACAAUUCACUUUUCACUUUGAAGGCGGAUUCCCAGGUGGAGGAUUCCCUGGGGGCGGUUUCCCUGGAGGAUUUGAGUUCAAUUUUUGAUCACACCCAUGUGUUAUUUCAUUCUUUACUCAAGUUUCUCAGAUGUUUACUGACCCAAAGAGGUGCUGCAGAAGUCGGAGGUUGAGCAACGAAAGGAAUUGAGACAUAAUCGAGACAAUGGUUUAUUUGAGUUGGGUGCUGACUGCUAACAGGUAUGGGAUUUUGGAGGAAAAACCCAAGUGAGGCUUGUUAGAAAUGAGAUUGGGUGGGAAUUAAGUUAGAAGAUGUUGCAACCCAUGGUGCCAAAACCCAUGUUGUUUAUAAUGUAUUGAUUUUUUUUUUGGAAGAAGGUCUCACUUUGUUAUAAUUACUUUCUGGGGAUGUCCCAAUGGAAAUGCUGACUUGUAUAGAAUUUGCAUCAGUAAUCACAUAACAGUUCUUAUUCCAGAAGCAUAAUGGUAGUACAUGCCUUUUUUC